CUCCCAUAUCUCCAUCCUCAACACUUGAACCCAGCCCUCCCCUCCGGCCUGGCUCUGCCCCAUCCUCCCCCAGCCAGCCCCAACACCAGCCUGUGGCUGGGGCUCAUUUCCCCUCCCCAACACUCUGCCACCUGCCCCUCACCCAGGUAGCCAGACUCCCACUCAGGAAGUCUCUGAGCCUGGGCCCCUUGCCCCCCUCCAUGCCCGGGUGAGGGUGCCCGUCUUGCUGUGGCAGCUGCACCUGCGGGGAGAGGAAGAGGAAGUCCCCUAGUGGGGGAUCCCUGGGGCCAGCCACAGACACCCCGUGCAGCUUCCUCCUUCCGGGUGCAGGCGGGCCUGUAACUCGGCCCCAACUCACCUCCCUGCAUCCUCCCAGCAUCUCCGCUGGAGGCCCAGAGGUUGGCAGGGGGAAGGGCCACAGCUGUCCUGGCUCCACGGGCAAUGUCGGGACAGUCCUUCACCUCUCUGGGCCUUGUUUUCUCAAACUGAAAUGGGAAAGGAUGACUCCAGCCUAGGACCUUCAAGGGCCCUGGGCCUUGCGUGCUCCAGGUAAGGUCAAACCCUCUACAUCUCUGAAGUGAGUUGACGUGGUACAGUUGCUGUCUAGCUAGCUGCAGUCCCAACAUCAUUGUCAUGACCUUCACUUCAAAGGCGCCAGCAUUAAAUCCUUCAGAAGAGUGUCAGCAGCUUGGAAGAAAACCCUAGGGGCAAAAUCGGAUCCCUUUUUAGCCCUGGGACCCAAAUGGCGGGAAACCCCAGGGGAAGGCACCCAGGCUUGUCAGCAAUACUUCCAAAGCAGCGUGAAAAGUCAGCUCCACUUCCUCUGCACAAUUGCAAAGCUGGCUUCAGAGCUCCUGGCUGGUAUACGGCUGUUUUAUAGAAUGUUUUGAGCAGUGCCGCUCUCCCUAGAACUCUCGAGGGCUCAGAGCAGGAGGUGGCAGGGAGACAUCAUGACUCUCAGACCAAAUGAUUCACACGAGUCGAACUCUAAAUAUGAAGGAGUUUUCUGAACGUGGUAAUCAAUUUAUUUGCUUCCAUUAUCCUUUUUAUGUGUGCAUGAGGAUUACAUAUGAUGCGAAUCUACAUUUAAGUCAAACAGAGCUCUUUCGGGAAAUAUACAAGAAAAAUUCUAGUGAUGGAAGAACCUUGUGACAUCGUUAACUGGCAGCAUUCAUUUUUCUUAGUGACAUUUUUAUAAUCAAUGACAUCUUAGUUUUUUUGUUUUAAACAGGAUCUCUCUCUGUCACCAAGGCUGGAGUGCAGUGAUGCAAUCACAGCUUAGUGCAGCCUGGAUCUCCCUGGCUCAAGGGAUCCUCCCACCUCAGCCUCCCCAGUAGCUGGGGCCACAGACCUGUACCAUCACACUGGACUAAUUUUUAUAUUUUUUGUAAAGACGGUGUUUCACCAUGUUGCCCAGGCUGGUCUUAAACUCCUGGCCUCAAGCAAUCCACCUGUCUUGGCCUCCCAAAGUGCUGGGAUUACAGGCGUGCGCCACCACGCCUGGCCAACAUCUUAGCUCUGAUGAAAUCUGGUAUAAUGAUAACAUCGUAGCAAACACGGGCUUUCCUUGAGCUAGACACGGUUGUAAGUGCUUUGCACUUACUAACUUUGCUCUCGACUAGUCUGUCAAAUAAGGACUAUAGAUUAUCUCCAUUUUACAGAGGAGGGAACAGAGAGAUUAAGUAACUUAACCCCACAAGUCUUCAUUAAAUGUCCCUGGGUUGGGGUGAUUAUUAUCCUUUUUUUUUUUUUUUUUGAGACGGAGGCUCCCCCUAUCACCCAAGCUGGAGUGAUCUCAGCCUACUUCAACCUCAACCUCCCGGGUUCAAGCAAUUCUCCUGUCUUAGCCCCCAUGUGGCUGGGACUACAGGUGUACACCACCAUGUCUGGCUAAUUUUUGUGGGGUUUUUUUGUUGUGUGUGUGUGUGUGUGUGUGUGUGUGUUUUGUUUUUUUUUUUUUAAGAGAUGGGGUUUCACCACGUUGGCCAGGCUGGUCUCAAACUCCUGACCUCAGGUGAUCUGCCCACCUCACCCUCCCAACAUCCUGGGAUUACAAGUGUGACCCACCGAGCCUGGCCUGAUUAUUAUCUUUAGUAUUAAUAAUAUCAAGGAUCCAGGCCAGCGUGGUGGCUCACUUUUGUAAUCUCAGCAACUCUGGAGGCUGAGAUGGGAGGAUGGCUGCAGCCCAGGAGUUGGAGGCCAGUGAGCUAUGAUCACACCACUGCACUCCAGCCCGGGUGACAGAGCAAGUCCCCACCUCUUAAAAAUAAUAAUAAAAUCACACCGGGCACGGUGGCUCAUGCCUGUAAUCCCAGCACUUCGGGAGGCCGAGGCGGGUGGAUCACGAGGUCAAGAGAUCGAGACCAUCCUGGUCAACAUGGUGAAACCCCGUCUCUACUAAAAAUACAAAAACUAGCUGGGCAUGGUAGCACACGCCUGUAAUCCCAGCUACUCAGGAGGCUGAGGCAGGAGAAUUGCUUGAACCCAGGAGACAGAGGUUACAGUGAGCCGAGAUCGCACCACUGCACUCCAGCCUGGGAGACAGAGUGAGACUCCGUAUCGAAAAAAUAUAUAUAUGGUUUUGGCCUAGGUAACCGGGCAGAGAUGUGGUUCGAGAUACUCCCCGGCCUCCCCGCCAUGGGCGUGGGCUUGCUUAUUCCAGGACUUUCUACUGCGUACAUCCACAGGUUCACUAACGGCGGCAAGGAAAAAAGGGUUGCUCAUGUUUUGUAUCCAUGGAAUUUGAUGGAAAGAGAUAGGUGCAUCUCUGGAGUUGAUCUUUACUAUAAGUCAAAGUGUUUGGAGAACAUUGAUUAAAGAAGCAUUUUCCUGAUUGAUGAAAAAAUAACUCAGUUAUGCUCAUCUACCCCUGCUAGAAGAUUAUACAGUAUAUUAUGUAGCAUGCAGUGUGUUAUAUAGUGCUUAAUAAAAAUAAAGUGGAAAAAAAAUAAAAAUAAACACAAACUAGCCAGGUGUCGUGGCAGGCACUUUUAAUCCCAGCUACUCAGGAAGCUGAGGCAAAAGAAUCGCUUGAACCCAGGAGGCAGAGGUUGCAGUGAGCUGAGAUCAUGCCACUGCACUCCAGACUGGGCAACAGAGGGAGAUUCCGUUUCAAAAAAAAAAAAAAGAAAGAAAAUAUGGUACAUAUACACCACGGAAUACUAUGCAGCCAUAAAACAGAAAGAGAUCACGUCCUUUGUGGGACACGGAUGGAGCUGGAGGCCAUUUUUCUUAGCAAACUAAAGCAGGAGCAGAAAAGCAAACACCGCAUGUUGUCCCUCAUAAGUGGGAGUUAAAUGAUGAGAACACAUGGACAGAAAGAGGGGACCAGCAGACACUGGGGCCGACUUAAGCUCAGAGAGGGGCACAGGAGGAGGGGCAGGAAAAGUAACAAUUGGGUACUGGGCUUAAUACCUGGGUGACAAAAUAAUCCAUUCAACCAACCCCCAUGGCAUGAGUUUACCUCUAUAACAAAGCUGUACCCAUAGCCCUGAAUCUAAAAAGUUUUUUUUUUUUUUUUAAUUCUAUACCAGGCCGGGUACAGAGGCUCACGCCUAUAAUCCCAGUACUUUGGGAGCCUGAGUGGGGGAGAUCACGAGGUGGGGAGAUCACGGGGUUAGGAGUUUGAGACCAGCCUGGCCAACCUCCCACUCUACUAAAAACACAAAAAUUAGCCAGGUGUGGUGGCAUGGGCCUGUAAUCCUAGCUACUCUGGAGGCCGAGGCAGAAGAAUUGCUUGAACCCAGGAGGCAGAGAUUGCAGUGAGCUGAGAUUGCGCCAUUGCACUCCAGCCUGGGUAACAAAAGCAAAAUUUAGUCUCAAAACAAACAAACAAACAAACAAACAAAC